GAUUUCUCGACCGCCAGUUCCAUCCUGGGUCUACGUCUUCCCCAGCGGGCGAGCUCCUUUCCGGCGUUGUCUCCUUCCCUCCUCUCCGGUGUGGUGACUGGGGCACCGUUUGUGGGAGAUCGUCGUAUGGGACUAGGAAGAAGUUGUAGUUUUUCAAAGGAUUUUGAUUCCAACUUCCAGGUCUUGUAUUUGGGUACAACAUGCCAUGCUUUGCAUGUUGUGGUGAUGAAGAUUCCGAGUACCAGACCAUCACACCGGGACUCAAUACCUAGGACACAUCCAGCAAUUCUUGCUGAGGAGGAGACGGAGGUUCUAUUGCCAUAUCAUCACGAUAGACUCUACAUUUUAUUCAUAAUAGACAUGACAAAGAAAUUAGUCUACAUUAUGGAUCCCCUUAGCCCUAAUCUAAAAGAGAAGAUGAUAGGUGAUGAUCGAUGCAGUCCAUAUCGUGAUAUAUUAUCUGAUGUUGCAAAUCACUUCAACCUCGCCAUGAAAUUGGCGAAUCCUGCAUGGAAGGAUAAUAUUUUUGACUGGCAUCGUGAAUUCCCUACAUGGGUUCCAAGAACACACAACUGGAAAAAAUCAGGCUUUCUUGCGUAUAAUUACCUAAAGAAGUGGAACGGGGGAGAUUGAUGUUCAACACUGUAGAAGAUACACUAAGGAUGGAAUUUUUAGUGGAUAUUUUGAGGAGUCGUGAAAAUGAAUGCGACAACUUCCCUGGAGAACUCAAGGGUCUACUGAAGCAAUUCAGAGCUUAUCUCUACUACUAAUAGUUUGUAGUACGCAAUACAUGAUAUUGUAACGCCUUUAUGCAUGGAUGGAUGUACCUCAUACUAUAUUUAUAUUUAUGGUUAUUUUGAAGAGCAUUUUUUUA